AUGUCUUACCACACGCCACAGUCCAACUCUCCAGCUUCUGUCGCGUCACCGUCUGGCCAUGAUCAACAAAGGAGCAUGUACGGACAACCCACAUCUCAGCUUCAUCAGCAGUCCAUGUACUAUGGACAGCAAACAGCUCAGUACCCGCCGAUGCCGGCCCAGGCCGCGCAGUCACCCUACGGCCAGCACCCGCAACAGUCGCACCAGAACAUGACCUCCCAACCGAGCAUGAUGAUGUCGCACAACAACGCUGCCCAGCACCAGAUGAGCCAACAUGGCCACUCAACGCAGCACGCCCAGAGCGCCAUGACUGGAAGCCCGAGGCACCCCAAGAUCGAGACACACAGCAUGCCACCGCAGCUUUCGCGUCCUGGACAGCAGCAGCCCAUGACACAACAACCACAGCAGAUGAGCCAGCAGCCCUCUAUGCCUCAACAGCCACCAAUGAACCAGCCACUGGGCCAGUCGCAGCCCGCGCAAAACGGGGCACCAAUGCAAAAUGCCUCCAACGUUGGCAGCGGUGCUGCGGGUGUGAACCCGAACGCAGCCCCCGGCCCAAUCCCCGCCACUACACCUUUGGUAGUGAGGCAAGAUCAAAAUGGUGUUCAAUGGAUUGCAUUUGAGUACUCCCGCGACCGCGUUAAGAUGGAAUACACUAUUCGAUGCGAUGUGGAGUCUGUCAACACGGACGAGCUGUCGGCUGAGUUCAAGCAAGAAAAUUGCGUAUAUCCUAGGGCAUGUGUGGCUAAGGAGGCAUAUCGUGGCAACCGGUUGCAGUACGAGACGGAAUGUAACACGGUCGGUUGGGCGCUUGCACAGCUGAAUACACCACUGCGGGGCAAGCGUGGUCUGAUCCAGCGCGCUGUGGACAGCUGGCGUAACAGCAACAGGGAUCCGCGCCUACGAAGCAGGCGCGUUCGUCGCAUGGCCAAAAUGACGACACGAAAGACGAACCCUAUGCCUGCUGGCCAUAUGGCUGGUGGCCCCGCGGGUCCCGGCGGUCCGGCAGGGAUGCCCGGCGGCCCCGGAUCUAUGGGGCCCGGUGGCGGCAUGGGUAAACCCAUCAUGAACAGUAUGGGUCAAAUGCAACAACACCACCACCACGCUGAUGGUCACGGCCAGGAGGGCGGAGAAGUCGGUAUGUUCCACCAGAUGUGA